AUGGCUCAGUCACCCGACCCGUCGAUUAAAUGUGGAUCAUGCCCAUGCAUAAAUCCUUGUGACAUUACACCACCUCCACCACCACCACCACCCGAGCCAUGUCCAUCCCCACCGCCACCUAUACCACCACCACCCGAGCCAUGUCCAUCUCCACCGCCACCUAUACCACCACCUCCACCACCACCACCAAUCGUUGAGGCUUGUCCUCCAGUUGCAGUAAUAAAACCACCACCUCCACCGCGGUUCAUUUACGUGACCAGCCCUCCAAGAGAUCAUCCUUUAAUAUUGCAAAUUUAUUCCGGUGGUUUUAGUCACCAAUUUGGUUGGAUUCUUGUAGCUGGCUGUAAAAAUGAUGUUAAAGCCGAGGAUGAUAAGGAAGAUGUCAUCCGUAACAUCAUAUUAAUGACAUCACCGACUCAAUUGUCUACUGUUAUGACUUCGUUGAAUCCUAAUCAACGUCAGUUUGUAGAAGAUAUUGGUUUUGGUAGUCUUUUAGGUUUCAGUAUCGAGUCACUUCUAAGAAAACUCAUGUACUAUGUUGUUGACAAUUUUGAUAGCAAGGAGAUGGUUAUUAGAACAAGUAAAGGUGAUAUAAAAUGUGUCACGCAAGCUGUCCAUGAUAUUUUUGGACUUCCCAUGGGUUCAACUAACAUAUAUGACCUUGAAGAAAGUUCAAAUGAUGAUCUAGAGAAAGAAUGGCUUGGAUAG